AUGUCCUUCAAAUUUCCCAAAGUGGAUCUCUCCUCGAUCCAACAAUCUUUGCAGCAGACCACUCAACAGCUCACGUCAAGUCUGCAGGACAAUCUAGUCAAUUUGGAAAAGGAGGUUUCGACGCUCAAUUCCAACAUCUCGCCCCUUCUCAAGAGGACCACGAGGUCUCUCCAAGAGCGUUUUGGAUCUAUUGACGAUAUCUCAGAGCUGCCGCAGGAGUACAAGGAUUUGGAGAAACGCGUUGAUAACUUAAAGAUUUUCUAUAAGAAGGUGCUGACCAUCACACAGCAAUACGAAAUUGAGAGUUAUGACUAUCCUCCUAAUCUGAAGGAAUCCAUCCAUGAUUACACCAAGCUAAUCAAUGAGAAGUUUACCGGUCUUUCGCAGGCCACUACCACAUCAGAAGCAGAAGCAGUGCUGCUGUCCUCCUCGAAGGAUCACACCCCGAAGACCUUUGCACACCAACUGGCUAAGGCUUGUCUAAGUGCAAACGAAGUCCUGGCUUCCAGCGAAGACGAGUCUUCGUCUCUCUGCAAGGCAUUGAUUAAGAUCAGUGAGUUCCAGACAAGAAUUGGAGAGGAAAGAUUGGAACAAGAUAAGUUAGUGAUCACGGAGGUCAACAGCAAGAUCCGCAACACUCUGAAUGGCGAUUUUUUGAAAACGACCAAGUUGAGAAAACAGGUGGAGACUUCGAGGCUCAAUUUCGAUACUGUCAGAGCCGAGGUGAAGAGCGUGCAGCGUGGAGACGAAACUGUUGAACUUCCGCCUGCGCUGUCCAAGAAACUGGAAAAUGCCGAGGACGAGCUCGUCAGUGCCACAGAGUCCGCUGUGGAAUCCAUGAAGACGCUAAUCAAACCAGUUGAGGGAUUGAAUCUGUUAAAGUUGCUGAUGAAAAUCCAGCUCAACUACCAUAAAAACGUCGUUUCCGAACUGUCGUCACUGGUCGACGAGCUUGACUCGCUACCUUUGGAGGACGACUAA